AUGCCCAAGGCUAAGGGAAAGAGUCUCUCCGGGAAAAGGAAGCCCCAAAAGACUGACCAAAGACAGGGUGGCAAGAACCGCAGGAGGGGAAAGAACGACGGUGACGAUGACAAGCGCGAGCUCGUCUUCAAGGAGGAUGGCCAGGAGUACGCUCAGGUCGUGAAGAUGCUCGGUAACGGCCGCUUGGAGGCCAAGUGCCAGGACGGCGAGACGCGUCUUGGCCAGAUCCGUGGUCAGAUGCGCAAGAAGGUGUGGAUCACCCAGGGUGACAUUAUCCUUCUCUCGCUCCGUGACUUCCAGGACGACAAGGCAGACGUUAUCCACCGCUACACCCCCGACGAGGCCCGUUCGCUCAAGACUUACGGCGAGCUCAAGUCCGACUUCCAGAUCAACGAGGGCGGCGAGGAGGGUGGUUUCUCCGACGAGGAGGGUGGUGUCGAGUUCGAGGAGGCCGAGAUCGACGACAUUUGUGGAGAGCUCUGCGUCUACUACGCCGUUAUGGCCGUCACGCUUGCAUCCGCCAGUAUGGCACUUUGA